AACAGCAUGUGACCGCACCCAGACAAGAAAUGCCUAAUAAAAAUGCAAACUUUGAUCAACCCAUUUCUGAGUAGAAGAAAGUGAAAGUAAAUUCCUCUCUUGUCUCUUUCCUGCCCUAGAAGCCAUGGCUGCUGCGAAUCCAGCGAAAACUCUCCAGGAUGAAGUGACCUGUCCCAUCUGUCUGGAGUAUUUUAAAGAUCCAGUGUCUCUAGACUGUGAUCACAGUUUCUGCCGAGCCUGCAUCACCCAGUGCGGGGAGGGAUUCGAUACAGACAUCUCCUGCCCUCAGUGCAGAGAGAUCUUUCCCCAGAGGAACCUCAGGCUGAACAGGCAGCUCAGGAAUAUUGUGGAAGCAGCCAGAGAACUCAGGUUGCAACCAGAACCAGAGAGUCUGUGUGAGAAACACAAGGAGCCUCUAAAACUGUUCUGCAAAGAGGACGAAAUCCUCAUCUGCCUGGUGUGUGACAGAUCCAAGGAGCACAAAGAUCACACUGUCAUUCCUACAGAGGAAGCUGCUGAAGAAUUCCAGGAAAAGAUUCAGGCCUAUUUGCAGACUCUGAGGGAAGAGAGAGAAAAGCUGCUGGGACGUAAAGCGAGUGUACAAAUGAGAAGCCAGGAAUAUCUGAGAAAGACACGAACUGAGAGACAUAAGAUCGUGUCUGAAUUUCAGCAACUGCGGCAGUUCCUGGAGGAACAAGAGAGACUCCUGCUGGGCCAGCUGGCAGAGCUGAACGAGGAGAUUGUGAAAAUACAGAAUGAAAAUAUCACCAAACUCUCGGGGGAGAUUUCCCAUCUCAGUGAGCUGGUCAGUGAGAUGGAGGGGAAGUGUCAGAAGCCAGCAAGUGAAUUCCUGCAGGAUGUCAGAAGCACCUUGAGCAGGUGCGAGAAGGGGAAGUUCCAACAGCCAGAGGAGAUUUCUCCUGAACUGGAAGAGCGAGUCAGUGGUUUCUCCCAGAAAACUAUUGCCUUAUUGAAGACUGUGAGGAAGUUCAAAGACACUCUGCUGUCUGCACUGGAGACAAAAAGAGUGAACGUAACUCUGGAUCCAGACACGGUUCAUCCUCAACUUGUCCUGUCUGAGGAUUGGAAAAGUGUGAGAUGGGAAGAAACACGGCAGGAUCUUCCUGACAGUCCUGAAAGAUUUGACACUGAGCCCUGUGUGCUGGGCUGUGAGGGAUUCACCUCGGGGAGACAUUGCUGGGAGGUGGAGGUGGGGGAUGAGGGAGGCUGGUUUGUGGGGGUGGCCAGAGAGUCUGUGAGGAGGAAGGGACAAAUCAGCCCUGAGGAGGGGAUCUGUGCUGUGGGAUGUGUCUUGGAUCAGUUCUGGGCUCUCACCUCCCCUGCAACCCCUCUGCCCCUGAGCCGGGCCCCCAGCAGGAUCCGGGUUUGUCUGGACUGUGACCGGGGGCAGGUGACAUUUAUCGGUGCUGGUGACGAGGCCCCGAUCUUCACUUUCCCGCCGGGCUCCGUCCCUGGGGAGAGAAUCCGACCCUGGCUCUGGGUGCUGGGGGUAGGAUCUCGGCUUCACCUGCGUCCCUGAGACCCGGGGGUGGGGGGAGAGGGAGGGAGAGGAAUAUCCCACUGGGGAGCCUGAAAUCAGCCCCUCUAGGCUCAGACAGUGCAGUCUCUAUGAUUUGCUCCUCUGGACUUUCUAUCAGGAAGUCUCUGCGACCCAGAAAGUUGUAUCUGGUCUCAACUCUGUGCAGUCUCUGGUGUCACACCAUAGAGAGCAUUAGGUGAGGUAGAGAAGCCGAUCUCGUCACUGCCCCAGGGACUGCGCAGCCUGUUUGCUGCUGUCCUCUAUGAUACAGGAGGACUCUGGGGAUCCUUGGUCAGUGUCACUGACAUGGGGGGAAGAGCCCACUGGGAAUGGAGAAAUGGGCUUCUCUAGCCACAGUCAUCCUAGUCUCUAUGACCUGGAGGUCUCCUGUCUACCCAACCCCGAUAGCUCAUCUCUAUGGCCCCUGAAAGCCCCUCACCUUCCCUGCAGCCCCAAGGGUUCUUCCCCCCUCCCCCUCCCAUCUCUGGUGCUGCAGGAGGAGCAGAUGGGGGGCUGCAGGGGCAGACCUGAGGGAGGGGCUGGGGACAGAAGUGAUAUGGGGGUUGAGGAGUAGAAUUAACAGCUGGGCUAGGGACAGGCAGAUGUGGGGGUGGCAGGGACACAAUUAAUUAAUUAGGAUUUGGGGUUUUGGGGAGAAGCUGGAGGCUCCCCAGGAACAGGGAGCCUGGGAGAGGGAGACCCAGAAACUGGAGA